AUGUCCAAUUAUGAUCGACCACAACACCCGACCGACACCGGCGACAUGAGCAGGAAAGGUUCGGACGAUGAGCAGUCCAGGACGGAGACGAGGACUCUGCCGCCCAGUGCAUCGAGCAACGACCAGCGGCAACAACUACCAUCCCUCAGCAGCCUGUUCCCUUCAGCAUUACGACCUCAACUCUCGCCGCUCUCGGAGCGACCACCGUCAUAUCCGGCCACGUCCCCCCUUGACCACCCCCGGAGUGCCGGAGGCUACCUCGAGCGAUCAGGUUCUUCUUCCUCUUACUUCCCGCCGACGACACCUGGGUCAUCCACUUCCCAGCACCACCAGUCGAGGACUGUGUACGAGCCGAAAGUGUACGACAGGACAACACCGUCCUUCUCGAGCAGCGUACGAUCGGCUUUCCCGGGCCCAUUGUCUCCCGGCUAUCGGGAUCUGGAGAGCCACCAUCGGCCCGAGUCCAGCAGCAGUAGAUGGGCCUCCCACCAGGACUACAGCCGCGGCAGCAGCGAGUACUCCUUCAGCCCGCGUGACCACUUAAGCAGGUAUUCCAGGACCCCCCACCUGGCGGGGCAGAAGCACGACUACGAAGGCCACCCCAGCAGCUAUCAUGACCCGAGGUCAGCAUCGUCGGCCUCGUCACAGCACCGGUACCAGCAGCAGCAGCAGCAGCCGUACUCGCAGCACCCGAGUCAGCCGUCGACGCCAGUGGCGGCCGAGACGAUCCCCACCAAGGACGGGCUGGGCCCCAAGAUCUGGACGGGAACCCACUUCCUGCCGAGGUUCGUGCGGGCGGCAGAGCUGCCGGGCGAGGGACUGUGCUAUUUUUAUGACGACGGGAGCCACUGCAAGACGGUGAUCGAUGGCGAGGCUGUCAACGCGCACUGGGGCGUCACCAAGGCGGGCAAGCCACGCAAGAGGCUGGCGAUCGCGUGUGUGACGUGCAGGGAGAAGAAGAUCAAGUGUGACCCGGACUACCCACGAUGCGUCCAGUGCGAGAAGUUUGGGAGGAUCUGCAAGUUCAAGAAUGCUCCCCGAGGUGGAGGCCACAACACAUCUCCAUCGACGCCUCUGAUGACGGAACGGGAGGUGUCCCCGCCUCGGCAGGGCCGGAUGCCGUUCGAGCUGCCGCGGCCUUCGAGGCGCUCCCCUUCCGUCUCCCCUCGCACGACGGGACCCCCAGCGCUAUCGCUGGAAGUCCCGCCCAAGCGGCCGAGGUACUCGUACGAUACGUCGUACUCGCCGGCGGAGAUGAGCGGCAGCAGGGACUUCGCGAUGCGGGCCCUAUCGUGGCAGCACCCGCCGCAGCACCAGCACCCGCCGCAGGAGCGCCCCGCGGGCCAGCUCCCGCUGCCUCGCAUCCACGAGGACAUGCUGCGGCAGCCUUGGCAGGCGGACCCGUGA